AUGUCUGUGCUGCCUUCGAGGUUCAUAUACGUGUGUUUACAUUUUCUGGUACUCUAUUUCCAUUUACAGGAGUGCCAGCAGAGCUCUGCUGAUUUCAGGUUUUACAUUGAGAACCACACGAGGAACCCGGACGACCUGAGCAGGAAACAGGUCCGGAUCUAUCAGCUCUACAGCAGAACCACAGGGAAACAUGUCCAGAUCUUGGGGAAGAAAAUCAACGCCAACGGAGAUGAUGGGGGCAAGUAUGCUCUUCUUGUUGUCGAGACAGAAACCUUCGGGAGCCACAUUCGAAUAAAAGGAAAAGAGAGCGACCAUUACAUUUGCAUGAACGAGAAGGGCAAAAUAGUCGGAAGGCCCGAUGGAAGAAAGCAGGAGUGCGUCUUUGUCGAGGAAUUCCUGGAGAACAACUACACGGCUCUUGUGUCGGCCAAGUACAAAGGAUGGUACCUCGGCUUCAACAGGAAGGGUCGGCCCAAGAAAGGGGACCGGACCACGCAGAGGCAACAGGAAGUCCACUUCAUGAAGCGCCAGCCGAAGGGCAGGUUGGACCCACUGGAGGAGUUUCGUUUCACCACAGUAACUAAGCGGACACGAAGGGCUCGGCGAUUAAAACCCAACUCCAAGAGGAACUGAUGGGACCAAUGGGACAGCACUAAUUUUUUUUUUUACAAAACUGUAACUGAAAAUCUCAAGCUUCUUGUCUUAAAAGAAUCACCUUAAAGACUUCACUUCUGUAAAAGAGAGACAGACAAAAAAAGAACAAAAAAAAGUCAAAGAUGUUUUAUUUUUGUAUUUCAGGAUGACUGAAUAUUUCCUAACUCUUGGAUUCUUCUGGGUUGAUGUCAUUGUGCUAACGUGUCUGUCAUGUUAUUUAUACUGGAUAAACUAAAGGACCUCUGAGAGAAUUCCUGUCGCUGUCGUCCUCAGCUACGUUUGAACCGCAAGCUGAAGGCAUGCUUUCUUUUUGACAAUGGGGGCUAAAGCAGGAGCUGACGCAAUGUUAUAAAAAUCAGCCAACUAGAGAUUUAUUGGAAUACCUGUCGGUUUUUGUUUGUGUUGCCCCUGACAACGCGGAUCCCAUACUUUCCACUGGAAUCAGACACCAUGGAGAUGAAACGGAGAGAGGUGGCAGUCGCAGGUGACACUGUGCUGCCGGGAUAACUGUGUAGCUUUGAGUGCAAUAUUUUACAGGUCUCUCUCUUUCUCUUCCUCUUUUUUCUCUCCCCGCCGUUUGUCUCAGCCUCAGCUUCACUCGUGGCUCCUGGAAUGCGCUGAACCCUCUGAGAGCUGUGUGUGAUUUCCUUGACAUUUCCAUGGAGCCUGUGAUUCAGCUAAAACACGACAUGCUUUGACUAGUCGGGCACCAGCCGCGGCUUUAGUCUUCUUAAAACACACACGCAAAAAAAACAAUGCAAACAAAAAUAUAACAGCUGAUGUUAUUCAUAAAUCCACUAAGUCUUCCAACUUCAUCCCAUUUGGGAGACUCAUGUUAAUCCCUUUCGUCUCCCCCUUGGACCUUUUUAACAGCUCUUCCUCACAUGUGUUAAAGUUGUUCCAGAAAAGGAUGCCGUGAUUCUUUAAGUGUGAGCUAGCUAAUAUUUUGGGGUUGGUGAUAUAGACUUCCUCUACCUCCUUGUACUUUUUGUUUAUCUUUACCUAGUCUGACUGUCUGCGUUCAGUUAAUCUCAAGAACCAUUCAGUCGACACUGAGCUGAACCCCCCUGCCUCCCCACCUCCCUCCCCCUCCAAAAUCAUCUUUUCACUGUGAGCUCAUCUUCGCUCCUUUUCACUCUCACUGGAUGAAAGUCUCAAAAGAUGCUUUUGGGAGAGC